AUGGCUACCUACGAUACUUGGGUUAGCAACCCCAAAGAGAGCCAUGGAACGCUUAUGUCCGUCGUCACCUGGUCGCUCGUCUCCGUCGCCGCUGCCUUUUUGGUCCCUCGGCUUUAUAUUCGCCAGCGUCAAGGGAAGCUGUGGCUUGACGAUUGCACACUUACCGUCAGUUGGAUCUUACUUCUGAUCCAAGUUACCAUAAACCAACUGUCUAUCAACAUAGGCUACGGAAAACAUACACUUGACCUCGAUUUACGCAAUGUCGAUAAAAUGAUGUAUAUUGGCGCAGCAGAACUGACAAUAUACACCGUCGCUAUUGCCCUAAGCAAGAUCUCUUUUGGACUUACUUUGCUUCGAUUGACGGACGGAUGGGUCAGACUCUUCGUAUACUUUGCGAUCUCUACCCUGGCGAUUUUCGCAGUCCCUGCCACUGUUAUACCAUGGGUACAAUGCAAACCGCUGGCUAAAACCUUUGUGGACUUUAUACCGGGCGAGUGCAUCAACAAGCAUCCCUCUGUCGUGUAUGGGCGUUUCCAAGCUGUGUGGUCAGCACUUAUGGAUGUGUCUCUUGCUAUACUGCCGUGGAAAAUCCUUUGGAACUUGCAAAUGCGUACCGCAGAGAAGAUCGGUGCAUGUGUCGCCAUGAGUCUGGGAAUACUAGCUGGAGUCACGUCAAUUGUUAGAUCCACAUACAUCGAGAAAUUGACAGUACAGGAUGUAUCAUAUGAAUCGUACAAAUCCAUCAUAUGGGCAGUCGCAGAGUGUUCCAUGGCCAUCGUCGCUACCUCAAUUCCCGUACUUCGCGUCGUUUUCCGGCAGGCGUUCAACUCCGCUAUUGAAGGCUACACGGGUCAGAGUAAAAGCAAAUCGCGAUCGAACCCUUCCAACGCAGCGAGCUCGGGGAACCGAAUGAGCACACGACAAUUUAGCAAGAAGACGCCAGAAAUAUCGGUUAGCGGAGAAUCUGUGAAGGAAGUGUUUGGACGUGGAUCACAUGGAUCAGAGAACUAUGUAGAGCUAGAUGAUCUGGCAGUCGAGGAGGGUACUGGGCGCGUUACUGCUUCGUCUCUAGAGACUUUGCCAGACGAUGCCGAGCGCUAUGCACUAAACUGGCACGUGCCGGACGUAGCAGGUCUGAAAAACACGCAUAUACUGUCACGAGCGAAGUCGGAAACACUUUUCUUCGACAAAGCCGCCGCCUACAAGAUUUGGCGGCUCAGUUUCGACGACUGUCAUGAUGUUCACAUCUGGGAGCACCGCCCGGUCGGAGUAUUUGCACUUGUUCAUGGGUCUAAAAAGAUCAAAGGCAUGUUUACCAGAGUCCAGUACAUAGUGCGACAUGUCGCAGAAGAUCCUAUGACCAAACGUGCUCGCAGCAUUCGGCCUGGAGAGAAGGAUCCCACCAUGCUCGAUGCCUUCGAGAAUAAGGCAGACGCUACUUCCACCCAUUCCGAGCCCCUUGUCCAAGCGCUCGAUGAGACAUACAACGAGCGAUUUUCCUUCGCAGAAGCUGAUGAAAUAGAGGAUACCAUUCCAUACCCAAGUCGCAGCCACAAUCCCACCGAAAGACUGUUUUGGAGAAAGGCCCGGUAA